AUGGCAAAGAAAGGAAUCCAGCUUGAAGAGCAAAAUGGGGGAGAAAAUAAAGGUUACAGCAAAAGCUCGACAUCGGGGGAAUCGUCAACACGUUUGAUAACAUUUCUUGGAAGGACGCCAAUUUCAUGGGUGAAAGUGAUCAUCUAUUAUUUCUGCUACUAUUCCACCCUCAUCACAUUUUUGGGUUUAAACUAUUAUGCCUUCACCAAAACCAUGAGUACCACCAGCCCCACGUGGAUAAUGGAGCAAGGUUUAAUCGGGUCAAAUCCAGGAUUAUCUAUCCGACCCAGGACUGGAGCGGAUGAUGAUGAACAAGGCGACGGACUUUCUAUUCUGAUCUCAUACCGCGUCAACCAUCACGCCCACGCUGAAAUCAUGGCCAAGCAGCUCGAUGAAGCAAUAAAAGAGACACAAGUCGCACCUAAAACACCAGGGGUCGUAGAUUGUUCAUCUCCAGCAGGUUCCAAAUUAACCACUUCAGCUUCUACUGUGUGUGCCGUUUCUCUUCAAAAUCUUGGAAAUUGUACAAUGCAAAACAAAUAUGGAUAUGGAAAUGAUACUCCGUGCGUUCUUGUAAAAUUGAACAGAAUUUACGGCUGGAUUCCGGAACCGUUUGGUCUCCAAGAAGGAAAAUUUCUUUCCCAUGAUUUUCUUCAAACUGAAUUAGAGCAAAAAGAGGAAAUGCCACAAGAACUCAAACAAUUUAUCCUUAACGAGGUGAAAAAUAAUAAAGGCAAUGAGACUCAAGUGCUGAAUAAGGUCUGGAUUUCAUGUGGCGAAGAGAAUACAACGACCAAUUCUGCUACUGGUAAAUUGCCACAUAGCGGCGUGUCAUACUAUCCGGAAAGAGGAAUUCCAACCAACUAUUUCCCUUUUCUGAGUCAGCCAAAUUAUAAAAGCCCAUUUGUAAUGGUACAGUUUCAAGUUCCUCGUAUAUCCCGUCACACUGUCAUACAAAUGGAAUGCCGAGCCUGGGCUAAAAAUAUUCAUCACGAAGGAAAUCUCAUCAAUGGACUUGGAACCGUGAAAUUUGGGUUGCUGAUUAACUGA